AUGUUCUACGCGGCCGCCCACACGGGUGUCAUCUUUGACUACAAUACUGGGGUUCAGCGGCUUCUGCAGGGCCAUGUGAACCCAAUCUCAGCCACAGCCGUCUCGAAGGACAAGAAGUGGAUUGUGACUGCCGACACCGGCCCCGACAGCAUGAUGGUCGUCUGGGAGCGUGAGUCUGGCACGCCGGUGAAGACCUUCUUCAACCCGCAUCCGUAUGGCGUCCAUGCCCUGGACAUUGCCCCGAAGCUGCAGUACCUCGUCACGCUGUCAGCGCCCAUACCCAGCAGUGACCCAUUAGCCUCCACCUCUGGUCAGGCGCCGGAUUCCACAAGCCGGGCAGAACAAGGCAAGAGCCAACAGAAGGAGGGGGAGCAGGACUAUCAAACCAUCUCUGUUUGGGACUGGCCGUCCGACAACGAUGGUCCAAUUUGCACUGCGGCCGUGGGGACGCAGGACGUGCAGACUUGUGUGCUCUUCAAUGCCUGGGACACGCACGAGAUCGCCACCAACGGAAAGCGCAGGGUCUUCUUUUGGACCUGGGACGUCGAGCAGCCUUUCCAGUUCUACUCACCGGCUUUAGCGCCGCGGGACUUCAAGCAGCGGAUUGGUGACUACACGCAGACCAUUUUUCUGCCCGAGUCCACGCAGGCUGCGACUGGCACGAUCGAUGGUGAUGUGGUCAUUUGGGACCUGUCCCUGAUUGUAGAUGGCCUGAGCCGCCCCGAUGAGAGACGGGCCGUCAAAAUCAUCAGGCUUUGUCCGGAGGUGUCUCUGAACGUCUUACAAGUUCAUGAGAAGGCACGGGUGGUCAUCGGCACUGCGGAUGGAGCCGUCCGCUUCUAUGACUACCAGUUCCGGGUCCAAGCAUGGUUCGAAGACCUCUUGGCGGGGUCGGUGAAGUCCAUCUCCUUUGAGAGAGCCAAUGAGGAUGGAGAGGACUACGAGCCCACGGGAAUCAGCGCCGGCGUGGGCGUAGAGGACGACUUCAAGUGCCCCAACUUUCUGGUGAGCACAGGCUCGGCCUUAGUGGUGCUGGUGGAGUCGAAGUUGUUCUACGAGCUCUCUCCGGAGAACCGGAGAGGCAGAUUAGUUCUGCAAGGCUUAGACUCGCCUGUGCAUGGGCUUUCCUGCCACCCUCAACUGCCGCUGGUAGCUGUUUGUGGCUAUUCAGGCUUCCUCCAUAUGUGGAACUACAACACCAGGUCUCUGCACCUGGUGAAGAUCUUCGAAAAGCUCGUCCCGCAUAUACUCCAAUUCUCCCCGGACGGGAAGCUGCUGGCCGUGGGCUUCACCAACGGCCACUGCAAGCUUCUGAAGUCCACGGACCUCUCAGAGGUGGUUUCCUUCAGAGACUCACGCGACUGCGUUACGCACAUCGCCUUCAGCUCAGACUCCUGCCACCUUGCCUUGGCGCACGCGGAUCGCUCGCUGUGUCUGUACCGGUUUUCGCAUCGUCCAAACGACAAGAAUUUUCCCAAGGAGUGGAUGUAUUCAGCGAAGCACAAGUCCCAUUGGCGCCCCAUCGUGGGCCUGUGCUUCUCCAGCUCCGAGUCGGAGAAGCUGAGGCUCUUCUCCGUGGGUGAGGACAGACGGCUGGUGGAGUACAACGUGAAGAGCUCCGAAUUUGGUGGCCUGCAGAUUGUGCAGCCAGAUACAGUUGUGGAGCAAGAGGCUCGCCCAACUGGUUGCAUGUGGUACCCAUACAGCGGCGGCAAGGGUGACAACCAAAAGGUCCUCACCAUGAACGAUGAGUACAAGUUCAAGAUCUGGAACACCGUCAACAGGUCCUGCCGCAAGACGGCUCUAGCGCCAACUUACGGUGGGCCCAUCACUAGGAUGACGCCCGUGUACGCAGAAGCAGAUGGGGAGGACCAGUUCAUGCUCUAUGCCACUCACGAGAAGGUGCUUGGUCUGGUGCAGCUGCCUUUGGAUGGCAACCCGAACAAGUGCAUGGGCCUCAUUGCGCACCCUGGGCAAAUCGCGGCCAUCUCUGUGGACUACCAGGGCCAAUACGCCUUCACCUGCGGCGGCAAUGACCUCACUGUGAACCAGUGGCUUAUUGAUCCACAACCAGUUGCCAACGCAAGCGUCAUGGGCGGCUCCGGCAUCGAGCCCUUCGUGAAGCUCUUGGAUGGGGGCGAGGAUGGUGCCUUCUUCUGCGACAUGAAGGACUACUUCUACUACUCGCAGAUCCGCUCGCAAGACGAGAACACCACCAAGGCAAGAAUGCUGGACGGCAUGAUCCCAGUGCAGGAGAUCCCGCACUUGAUGUGUGCUCUGGGGUAUUUCCCCACACAGCUGGAGAUCACCAACAUGACCAACGAGGUGAAGUACUCGAAGUUCGCUGAGACUGGCGAGUACGUCGAGAGGAUCGCCUUCGACGACCUGGUGAAGCUCUACGUCAACCACCGACCUGUCUUUGCGGUGGGCCCAGAGCAGAUCCGGCAGGCCUUUGAGGCCACGAAGAGGCAUGAGCCUGGCCCCUUGUCGCGGGAAGCUUUCCUCAGUCUCCUCACCAGUCAUGGCGAGAAGAUGAGUUACGAGGAGCUGGAGCGAUGCUUGGAGGCUCUGGUGGGUGACUCUUCGAUCAACCGGGUCUUGGAAGAGGAGGUCGAUGCACUGGACUUUGCCCACAAUGUCCUGGGACUCGCCGAAGCGGAGGACGAAUCGCAGGAGGCAGCCGCACCUGCGGAGGGCACCUCGGAGUGGGCCGGUACCACGUCCUGGUCAGCUUGCGAAGCUGUCAUGGUGUGCUCGCGUUUCACCCGAUUUCACCGGGCCUUCCAAAUCCUGGAAGCCCAGACGGUUCGAAUGCCAAGGAGUCUGGAGUUUCACAGUGCCUCGACAAUAUUCUCGCAGGACGAUGUCCCUCGCGCUGGCUUGAUCGACCAGAGGCCUGGCCCUUCUGAGAAUGUCCUGGAGCAGUUCCACAUUGGUGCCACGCUGACCGGAUCGGCACAGGCAGACUACCGCUCAACCAUGGAGCAAUUUGGGAACUGGGAGACUCCGAUGCACGUGCCCCAGUCUUUCCCACUUCAAGUUGGAGCACCGGUCACAAAUUGCCCACCUCCUUCGGAGAGCGUCAUGUGGAUUGACAAGAGGCGGCUGGGGCCCUCCGCUGUUGCUUUGGAUGCUUGGAUGCAGGCUGCCGCCCUUCUAAGACCCCCGCGGCUGGGCUGCCCCGUGGGCGCGCUGGUCUGCGAGGCGGUCCGGGACUACCAGGGACGCAAAGCCGUCCACUUGAGCAUCGAAGGCGCAGCGCUCCUCGGCGCUGGCGAGGUCCCUCCCGAGCUCGCGGCGCUGCGGAGUGAGGGCCAGGUGGAGUUCGUGGAAGGCUUGCGCUUGGGGAAGCAGCCCUAUGCGGGCCCCCACUCUGCGGCAGAGGAGGUCCCGUCCACCGCCGAGGCUAGCUUCACAUUCAUCGAACUCUUCGCCGGAAUUGGAGGCUUCCGGCGCGCGCUGGAGCCGCUGGGCGGCCGCUGCGUUUUCGCGUCGGAGAUCGACGUCGACUGCCAGGAGGCGUACGCAGCGAACUUUGGAUCUUCCAACCUGUACGGCGACAUCACCAUGGUUCCGUCAGAGGACUUGCCGCGGCAUGACCUGCUGACCGCAGGCUUUCCAUGCCAGCCUUUCAGCCGCCGCGGCGAGCGGCGCGGCUUCGAUGACGCGCGUGGCGAGCUUUUCUUUGAGAUUGUCCGCGCCCUGGACGUUUGUCGCCCCAGGGCUUUCUUGCUGGAGAAUGUGUGGAACAUGCAGUUCCUCGACGGCGGGCACUGGGAUGGAGAUCCUUCCAAGUGCGUGAGCGGCGAGGUCUACGCCAGGGUCGUGCACUGCCUUGAGGAGAUCGGCUACACCGUCCAGACGGAGCAGCUGAAUGCCGAGGGCUGGGUGCCGCAGAAGCGCGCGCGGCUGUACUUCGUGGGCAUCAGGCGGGACCACCGGGAGGCUUUUGCGCGCUUCCGUUGGCCCGUGGCCCCAAGCGAGCGCCGCAUCAGGGAGGUGCUGGAGUCGGUUGGCAGCGAAGAGGCCCUGCGCAGCGAGCUGACGGAGGCGCAGUGGGCAGCUCCCUGGCCUGCCUUGUUGUCUAAAGGCCUUGCGGCAAGGGUCGGCCUGGCCGUCUGA